UUCAAUAUAGUUCGAAAGAUGACUUCAAAGGUGAUAUUCUUUUUGGCGACAUUCGUCGGUAUCUUAUCGAUGGUUCUCAGUAGGGAAGACAUUUGGAAUUAUAUUGGUUGCAAUGAAGAAUUUGAGCCAAGCGGCUGUGAUUUUAAAGAAUCCGAUUUGGUGACUUUGGAUGAAUACGAUCGAUGUGGUCCAGCCAAACUCUCUUUGUUGGCACGAAAUUAUUUCCUUGGAGCUGCUGGAAGACGAACAACCUAUAAAAGGAAUAAGGAUGCUUUCGAUGAAAUCAAAAUCUUUCCUCGUAUGUUACGAGACGUGUCUAAGAAUUCGUUGGGAACCUCGACUUUAGGUCUGAAAGUGGAUUUUCCCAUAGGACUGUCUCCUGUAGCGUUGCAGGAACUUGCACAUCCAGACGGAGAAUUGGCAACUGUAGCUGGCAUCUCCCCCUUUCGCACCAUUAUGAUUCUGAGCAGCUUUGCAUCAACUCUCUUGGAGGACGUAGGCAAAGCUGCUCAAAACUCCUCCAUCCACCUGUGGAUGCAAAUGUAUAUUUUUAACAACCGUUCCUGGACCACCACACUCAUUCAAAGAGCCGAAUUGAGUGGAUUCAAAGGGAUUGUGAUUACUGCGGAUGCCCCUGUGGAUGGCUCCCUUACUUGUAAUGGAAGGAACGGAUUACUGGAAAGUGGUUCUGCAGAUAUGAAGAAUGUUGAUCCGACUCAACUGAAAUUUAGUGCGUCUGCAGUUUUUCGAGACAUUACGUGGCUCAGGAGUAUCACAAAGCUGCCCAUCAUCAUUAAAGGACUGCUUUCAGGCGCUGAUGCAACCAGAGCAAUUUUAGCAGGAGCUUCAGCUAUUUUGGUCUCUAAUCAUGGUGGAAGGCAACUGGACGGUGACCCGGCAACGAUCGAAGCCUUGCCCGGAGUAGUGGAUGCUGUGAAGAAACUAUUUCCUCGUAGAGAUGUCUACAUGGAUGGUGGUGUCCGAAGUGGCCAAGACAUCUACAAGGCUAUUGCUCGAGGAGCUAAAAUGGUUUUCGUUGGUAGACCUAUAAUCUGGGGACUAGCAUUAGGAGGUUCCAAGGGUGUAAAUAAUAUGAUGACUAUUUUGAGGGAUGGAUUCAAUGAAACUAUGCUUUUAUCAGGUGCUUCCAAUGUAAAUGAAAUCAGAAGAGAUACUCUCAUUCCAACGACUCCAAUAUGGGGAUGAAGAAUUUUGGAACAUUACAGCAGUUAAUUCAAAAAUAUAGAGAAUUCACAAUGUUUAAUUUUAAAAGUUCUAACUCGACAACCAUAGCUAUGGCAAGGAAAAAAUCGCAAAAAAAAAUCUUUCAUUUUCAGAUUUUUUUAAUCAAUAAUUUUGAUUUUUGGAAGGCAUUUUAUAAAGCACUUGAGAUUAUUGUAUUAAAAUUUGUUCGCUUAUUUCGAGACUAUUAUUCUUUAGUCGUGACUACGUACAUUUCAUACCCUGAUUGUUUAAUACUAGUUGAGUUCUAU